AUGGACCAAGACAUGCAACAGUGUGGUUUCUCCGGUAAUUUGGCCCUCUACGGCUUGGGCAUAAGAUUGGGUGUCUAUUUCCAGUGGAUCACUUCGCAAAUCGCAGUUUACUUUCACCUAAAAGGCUCUAACGAUUUAUCUAACGCCUACAUUAUUUUCUCUUUUGCGCUCAUGAUCGCAGUCUUCGUCCUCACAUUCGAUCAUGUACAAUCAUAUCCCGUCGAAGUUGUUAUCAUACUCUAUAUGUUAUUUGGUGGGUUCUUCAGUGUGCGAGGCUACCGACCGAGGAGCAAGAAGCCACGGGCUUCCAGGCUCUGGCGACGACUAUUUGCGAACGGUAUAGUUCUCGCGGUAGAAAUAUACGGCUUCUGGUUUUGGAUCCACGGAAAAUCUGGAAAUCGAUUCAAUCCUAGUCCUUGCGGUACCACCGUCUUUCUAUUUACGAAAAUACCGGCAAAAGACUUUCAAAGAGCCAGUAUAUUUUGCGCUGCGUUCUUAAUCUAUAUGGCUGCUGUCGGAUUAUACAUGAUGGCUUAUACGCACAGAAAACCUAUUCUCAAUCUUGCGCGGACGAUAUGGAAUUACAAGACACAGAGGGCAAGCGCUGAAGAUAUUGCUCUACCUUCGAUCUCCCCAGAGCUAGCUUGCAAGAACACAAUCAACCGAGAGCAGCAGGAAGCACUUCGACAGGUUUUAAGAUACCAUUGCUCCGUCCCUUCCUCCGAGGUCGUCUCCGCCUAUAUCGAGGAGAUCACUAUUGACCAUAUGAUCGUUAGAGCAGAGCCCACUAUAAAGAGACAUCAGAUAUCGUUUCGGCCUCCCUUGAACAGUUAUGCGGAAUUUGGACGCAGGUUUGACGAGUUGUAUGCUGAAUCACAAGAGAAUUUGCGUGCUGAAGAUUCAAUGUCGGGAGCGUCAGUAUCAGAUGUUGCCUCAAUCAGGGGCCGCAUCAAGAUCAGCUAUAGGUAUCUACUUUUGGUUUGGGAUGCUCUUAUCUCUGUAGAAACACCCGGGAGUCCAUCGCCAUAUCGCCGAGCAUGGUCGGAACAAGCUUUUGCUUCGCUUUUCCACUUGAUCGCCCUGAUCUACUCAAUUUUGGCAAUUGAACUCACCCUGAAAUGGAAUAAUGUCUCUGAUGUUUACACUAUCAAGUCCACCGGCCAGCUCAUUCCAUUCAUCAUUGGGAUUGCGGGGAUUCUAAAGGUAUGGUAUGACGUUAGGAUGAAGUACUCGGAGAGGAGACAAGCGAUGGCACAUCAUCAAGUGAAUCAAAGUGGCCAAAGUGAUCGGAUGGAAGCGAUCAAAGUCAGCAAUUUUGUAGAGCCGUACAAAAUGGUCAGUAUGCAAGGCGAAGAUGGGAGAUGGGUUUGAUCAGCAGAUGAUAUAGCAGAAUAAUAUCAAUGGCAGGCGAAUAGGGUUAAGUUUAUGAAGGUUCUUGUCACCGCCUGGACAAGCUGUGGGGGUGGAAUGUGGUG